AUGACCGGCCGACCUACUCUUGACUCAUCCUUUGUCUCAACGUCUUUUGGCUUAAAAGAGAACUCUCCACAUACCCACGAUGCUUCACCCAUUAAUAAUAAAACAGACAAACAAGAAGUAAACCAAAAGUCACCACUAAAGAAUAUGAAAGCAGAAGAGCUUACAGUAGAUUCAGAUGCUGAUAAACUGCUACAAUCGACAGGGCCAUCUGCAAGAAAACGAACCGCCCGUGCUUGCGAUAAGUGUAGUGUUGCGCGAACCAAAUGUGACGGAAAGAAUCCAUGCUAUCGAUGCUUGAAUUUAGGAAUUCUCUGUCAAUACAAUCGUACAAUUAAAAAACGCGGUAAAGGUAGCGAUUCGUAUCCCCAGCACCCACGCAAACAACAAAAGACCCAACCUGCAUCACAAGCAUCAGAUACCACAGACCCUAAAAUCCAAGGGGAAAAUAAUACCAAAACUUCUCAAGAUAAACGCGAUAGACAAACACUUGAAGUGAAGACUGUUAAUGAGGAUGAAGCAUUUUGGAGCCAAGCAUCUCCACCUCAAAGCAAACCUUCGUCUCCACAAAUCACAGCAACAGAAAUAACAACAGAAGUAGCAACAGGUGCAGCAGUUCCCUCUGCCAUAAAGUCGAUACCAGCUAUUUCAGUUGCUGCUGCUGGACCUCCUACAAACUACCAACAUUUGGCACAAACUACCAGUAUAUUACCUCAGCUUCAAAGCUUUUUGAAACUUACUACUAAUCCCUCAUCAAGCGGGAAAAGUUCGGUGCCAUCUCCUACUCAACAAAAUGGACUGGCAUCUACUCUAGCUAUGUCUAGUUCAAACUUGUUAGAUCCUCACCGCCAACAACAAAACAAUCAACAAACUCAACAAACUCAACAGCAGCAAACAGAUAUUUUACAAGCAUCGUCUACAUUGACUUCCUUUAACCAAAACCGCACAAAUAGUACUACUAAUCUUUUAAAAAUUCUCAAUCAAAACACCAAAACAGGAGCAUCAUCUUCCAACAUACCUAGUCCUGUUCCCAGUACCAAUAUAAUCCCCUCUGAAGUAAAAGCUAGCAAUUUAAAUUUUGGAAAUUCAUCCAUUCAUAAUCCUUUAAAUUUCAAUGUUCAACUAUUGAGUCAUCUCGCUACAUCGGCAAAUCACAAAAUUCCGUCUACAGCCGCAUCUACUAUGCCCACACAAACAACACCAACACCAACACCAACAGCACCAACAACAAUAACAGAAACUGAUUCUGCCGCCUCAACAACUAGUACCAACACUACUAAUUCUUUAAAAACAACAAUAUCUCGGAUCUUACCAUCAGUUGAUUCAGGUGUUGGAAAACCCAAUAGUUCAAUAAAGAGCACAGCUACCCUUGAUCUAGACGGUUCACCUACAAACAAUGAUACAAAUUCCCAGCCAGAUGUUUUGGCUCCAACGCCGCUACCACAAAUUUCUAUACCCUCAAGCCAGUCUUCUUCAGUAAACAGUCCUCAGUGGCUAGGAUCUGUCAAGUCACCAUUUCCUACUGAAUUAAUAUCAAUUUUUGACCGGUCUACACCUAAUCUUCCACAGCCACAGCAGCAACAGCAACAGCAACAGCAACAACAACAGCAGCAACAGCAACAGCAACAGCAACAGCAACAGCAACAGCAACAGCAACAGCAACAGCAACAGCAACAGCAACAGCAACAGCAACAGCAACAGCAACAGCAACAGCAACAGCAACAGCAACAGCAACAGCAACAGCAACAGCAGCAACAACAAUUAUCUUCAACUGCAGAGCCCUCACAAUCAGGACAACCAGCGUCACAGCAUAUUUCGACUCCACAGCAAACCCAGCCACAAUCAAUGAUGGAAAAUGAAGAUGAAAUAGAUAUUUCUCAUGAAACAGUAAAUGACAGUAAAGAAGAUAGCCGGGAAACAGAUGGUAAUUCUAGUAAUCAAAAUUCAGCACACAAUCGUACAGAUAUAUCAUUCGGGUCUCAGUAUACUCCAGCUCCACCACCGGUUCAAGCACAUAUUUAUCCUGUUUUGGAUCCAAUUAUUAGAGACAUCGAUUAUAUGCCUUUGGUGUUGACAUCAGAAUUUUUAGAAAUUUACUUUACCAAUACGGUUUAUUCUGUAGCACCUAUUUUGCGCAAGUCAUCUAUUUUGUGUGAUGAGAAUCCUCGUAAGUGUUCACCUGCACUUUUGUACUCUAUUCUUUACUUGUCAGCUCACGCAAGUAAUCACCCCAUUAUGACAUCUGGAUCAGAAUACAAAAACAUGCUCAUUUCAAAGCUGCUGGACAGCGUUAUGGUAUAUUUGCAGCCUAUGCGAGAAGAAAAUUCACGUGAGUAUGAUUUGGAUGAUGUACUUGCAUUUAUCAACAUAGGUGUGGUUGAGUCGGCAUCAGAUUUUAAGCCAUCAACCAUGAAAUGGUGGGACAUGGCUGUAACAUUGGCUCGUCAACUCAAGUUGAACAAAGAAAUACCUACACUGCCGGAAGAAGCCCGGGAAGAACGACGACGUACAUGGUGGUCUUUAUUUAUGAUCGACCGCCAUUUGGCACUCUGUUUCAACAAACCUUGUAUGAUUUUAGACUCUGAAUCAUUGGAACUGUUUUUCCCAAUUUCUCAAGAUAUUUGGGACUAUGAAGUAGAUGAACUACAUCCUAGUGGUCAAAGUGGUGUUGAUAGUGGAGAAGAUGUUAGUGAAACAAGAAGAACAAGCACUGGUAACACUUCCGGAACUACAACAUCGGCAGCUCCUUCCGCAGAAGAAAAAUCAGACCGAAGUGGACCCCCACAGCUUUUUCCACCCGAGGAGGAUCGUAACCGACGUCGGGGGUUGCAGUGUACAGUUAUUGAGAGCGGGAUUUUUGGUAUGUAUCUUCCUCUAAUGACACUUCUUGGGGGAAUCAUUGAAAUUCAUUUUUUCGAAUUAAGUCCGCUAUUUUUUCACAGAGAAUCUGUGCUUAAAAGCUUGCGAGAAAACUACCGCCAUAGGCUGAAGGCAUUUCAGUAUUCACUUGAAGAGUUUUUUGCUAUGACAGUGACACAAGAUACAUAUUUACUUGCAUGGAAGGAGUACUGUCAAUGUGUACUACAGGUACUCUAUAUUCUGUUAGAAGGUUAUUGGGAUCCAACCGAUACUCUGGACGAUAUUGAUGUGCUUUUAAACGAUACUAGGUUUACUGGGUGUCUUCAGAAUUCGAUUGAGGCUUCAAAGCAUGUUGAAAAAAUUUUGCGGCUAGAUCCCACCUUACAACUUAUUCCAUUUUUUUUUGGAAUUCAGCUGCUGCACGCCGGAUUCAUUCCGUACUGCAUGAGCGAGCGAUAUGGUACGCAUACUUCAACUGAUGUUGCUGAGGCGUGUGAGCUGUUUGUACGUGCACAUGAAGUAUCUAUUGCGACGCUGAGCACUCAGUACCAAGUUAAUUACCGAUCUCUUCUUCACGGCGUAAUUAGAGAUAUGAAAUAUACAACUGUCAGUGUUAAUGAUCGUAUUGUAUCCACAAAUCGGCGACGAAUUCUAAUGAGCAUGUAUCGCUGGAACGCCGGGGGAACAGGUUUAGCAGUGUAA